UAUUAAGACUUGCACCUCAAUAACAGCGUAAUGAAACAUUAACAGACAGCCAUGAACUCCGUUCUGAGGUCUGCUUUUAUGAGAAGCAGAGGACUGUGGCAUCCUUCGUUAAAUGCCGUUAGAGCCAUGUCAGCUGUAGGAGGCCCCACCCCACCCUUCACCACCCUAUCCAUCACUCACCCAGCCACUCAUAUCACCCAUGUAGAGCUGCACCGCCCAGAGAAACGCAACGCCAUGAACAAGGCUUUUUGGAGUGAAAUGAUUGACUGUUUUAACCAGAUUGCUGAGGACCCGGAGUGUCGUGUGGUGGUCUUCUCAGGUGCUGGAAAGACUUUUACUGCAGGUAUUGAUCUUAUGGACCUUGCUGGCGAUGUGCUGCAGCCCCAAGGAGAUGAUACGGCCAGGAUGUCAUGGAACUUACGGCGUAUUAUUGCCAGAUAUCAGGAAACUUUCACAGUCAUUGAAAAGUGUCCUAAGCCGGUGGUGGUGGCAGUGCAGGGAGCAUGUUUGGGCGGGGGAGUGGAUCUGAUCACAGCUUGUGAUAUUCGUCUCUGCACCCAGGAUGCCUGGUUUCAAGUGAAGGAGGUAGACAUUGGCCUGGCAGCAGAUGUUGGAACGCUGCAGCGCCUUCCCAAAGUGAUCGGCAAUCGGAGCUUAGUGAAUGAAUUGGCUCUGACUGCGAGGAAGAUGCACUCUGAUGAAGCCAAGAGCUCCGGACUGGUCAGUCGUGUCUUCCCUGAUAAAGAGUCGAUGAUGGCAGGAGCCAUGGAAAUAGCUGGUGAAAUCGCAGCCCGGAGUCCUGUUGCCGUGCAGGGGACCAAAAUCAAUCUCUUGUACUCCAGAGACCACAGUGUGGCCGAGGGCCUGGACUACAUGGUUACUUGGAACAUGAGCAUGCUGCAGACACAAGACCUAGUGAAGUCAGCACAGGCAGCCCUGGAGAAAAAGAGCCCCAAAGAAGUGCCCUUCUCCAAACUCUGAGGAGGAGAAGAUUGACUCGGCUCUGUUGUAGCUCAUCUGUAGAUUUCUUCUUACUAGGCAGAGUCAAAGAUCUAAACAUAAAAGCACUGUCAGAACUCAGAAGUGUCUGAAGGGUUUAAAUAUUUUGCCUUACAAUGACAUAUUAUAAGCUUAUGUUGAUAUAUAAAAUUAAAAAAAAUUAGUUGAUUGUGCAUUUGACGAUAGUGCAUUGGACGUUAGUUGAAACUCUAAUGAUUUUAAAUUCUGUUGCUGCGAUAUGUGACCUCUGGGACUGGUCCAGACACUAGUGUAGAGUUGAAUAGUGAUUCGGAUAUGUGUCAUUGUCCAACACUGGCAGGUGAUAAGAAGUGGCUUCAGAUUGGACACAUCUCGGAGCAGUGGCAGCGGAUUCACAAUUAGGAAUUGGCGAUGACAAGAUCCCGAAAAAAAAAACUAGAAUGCUCAUGUUUGGCAUGUGUGUUUUAAUAGAAGCCAGACAUUGAAUCCGAGCUUUAAAUGCUAUUGUGUCUGUUUUAAGCAAGCAGGUAAUUUAACAUCCAUGUUAGCAUGGUUCAGCUGAGUGGAUAACUAAUCACACCUGGUCACAAUUUGACUACACAACUGCUUGUUAACUAUAAUUAAAGAGGUUUUGCUUGUUUUUGUGUUGACAUACUGAUGUAAAUUGUUUUCCAUUCAUUCUAACCAGUUGUUCUGUUGUCCUGCAAUAAAUGAUCUUGAAACCUUA